AUGCCAACCGCAGACGAGUUCGGCUGCACCGUCGCGGAGCUCCGCGCGCUCAUGGAGUUGCGCGGCGCCGAAGCCCUCGAGAAGGUUUGUUUUUAUCAGUUUUUGAAGAUAAAGAUGUGACUUUUUGAAGCUGAUGACUAUAAGUUUCAAGCCUUUUUUCCUGAACUGAGCAAAAUUCUAGUUUAGAGAUUGUACCUUUGCAGGCUGAGAAGUAUGGGUUUUAGAUCUAAUUUUAUCUUAAACUACGUAAACUUUUUUUUUUUUUUUGAAAUAUGACUUUUUUUAAGUUGCGGAAUAUGAGUUUUUAGACCCUAUUUUGUCUUCAACCCGAUGUUUGAAAUUUCCUAUCUCAAAAAUUGAAACUUUUUAAUUUUUAUUGACUUUUAAAACUUCAAUGAGUUUGCCUUGACUAGUUCUUUUCUUCAAAUUUUUCAAGAAAAUUCGCUGUAAAAUCAUCGAACGGAUAAUUUCGAAAUAAUUAAACCUUAAGCCUUGUAAACAGCAGUUUUUUUGAUGGAUCUGAAACUUUGAAAAAAAUUCAAAAAAAUUUACUCAAUUUUAUCCGUUUGUCUUAAUAAGUUCCCACGUAAAAACUUGAUUUAAAUUUUAAAGACGGUUUUUAAAAUUUUAAAUCUUGAAAAAAUUCUUCAACCACCUGUUUUUCUCAGUAAGGUUCUUGUAAAAGUUGAACCAUUUUUUCAAAGUGUUCAGCCAAAAAAAAGAGAUUUUUUUGAAUUAUCAAUCACAGAAAAUUUCCUUUCUCUUAGAAACUUGACUCACAGUUCAAAAAUAUCCGGAAAAGUUCCUGGAUCAUUACACCCGCGUUCUACCAUCUUUCAGCAUUUUUUUUUUUCCAAAACGAACUUUGAAGUCUAUUUCCAAUCAAAAAGACCUAUAAAAGUGUUUUUGAGACCGUUUCCUUUGCAACAACCCCAGCGGCAAUCUAUCUUUUUGCGAAAGACCAAAAAAGAGAAGAAGGUCGAAAAAGAAGAAGAUCUUUGGCGACAAAAAGUGACACUUUGUAGAAUCGAAUCUUGCGAAUCGAAUCAAUCCAAUUCCAAUCAAAUCGAAUCGAAUCGAUAAGACUGAUAGUUGAUCAAAAUGCACGCGAGAGUAACCUUGAAGGAACGGCGGAGACGAAAAUUUGUGUUUUCUUCUCCUUCUCCUUCUUUUUGAUUUGUGAGAAGAAGUGUACUGUUUAAUGGGACUGGAGGAACUGAUUGAUUAGUUGACGAAUUCGAUUGGAAUUUCUCCCCCCACAAAACGUCACCUUCUCUCUUGAUAUAAAAGUAAUUUCUGUGGUCAUUUGAACCGGGAACUGUUUUGGGAAGAAACUCAAAAAUAAACCUUGAACUAAAAAAAUGUUUUUAGAAGGAAGUUGAGAUUCUGUACACACUUUUAAGAGCCCAACGUUUGGGACAACAAUAAUUGAACGAGUUUUUGAACUUUUUCCAGCUGAAAGUUUUUUUCACUGGGUUUUGAAGUUUCGUUUUCCGGAACUUCUGCGAUGAAAGGAACUUAAAAUUUCUAGGAUGAAAGAAACUUGAAAAUUCCAAUCAUACUAAAACUCAUAUCACUUAAAAUUUGAAUCGAAAACUUUACCAGCAAGAAAAAAUUCGAACUUCUGACAGAAAUUAGGAAUCAAGGAUUGGAAUUUUUCGCCGAGUUGAGUUUACAUUUGAAAGUUUUGAAACGGAGAAAAAAAACGACGCUAGAGACUGCAGUUUUAUUAUGAUUAACGCGUUAUUUCGAAAAGUUAAAAAAUCACGUUUAAUGGAAGAUUUGGGUGAAAAAAACUUGAAAUUCAUCUUUUUUUCAUGAGUGAAUCAAUGAUUUUUAGAAGAAGAAGUAUUGUAAUAUCAGAUUUCAACAAGAAAUUUCGAAAAAAAUUUAUGAAAAAUCGGAACAUAAUUAAUAGUCAUCUGUAUUCAUAAGAAUGAAAAAAAGUAAUUCUCAAAAAAAGUUUUUUUGGCUUUGGCUUUGUUCUAGUGGCCUAAGGGACUGUUUGAGGGACAUAUUUUUUUAGAAAAUUUUCUUUUUUUCUUUUUGCAAGGCUAGGGGGCGAUGAAUAACUGAUUUCUCAUCAGGUACAAUCAUCAUACGGUGGCGUCGAAGGCCUGUGCUCAAAGCUCAAAACAGACCCUGUAAAUGGCCUGCCCAAUGACCACGACACACUGCACAAGCGUCAGGAGGUCAUCUUUUUCCCUUGUUUUCAUUCCCCGUUCUCUUUCUUCCUCCCUUUGUUUUUUGAAUGAAUGAGAAAAGUCGAAUGGAUUACAAACGGAUUAUUUGCAGGCGUUUGGCAAGAACGAAAUCCCGCCGGCGCCCUCCAAAUCGUUUUUCCGGUUAGCGUGGGAAGCGAUACAGGUAAAAAACAACGGGGAUUUUCUGAGUAAAAAAAUGGUUUUUGAUCUGGAAAAAUCGAUAAAAUAUACAAGUUUUAACGUUUUUUUGAGCUUGGAAGUGUGUAAAAAAUUAGGGGACUCUUUUUUUAUUCUGUUUUUUUCCCCUUAAAGGGCGUAAUGUCAAGUUGAACUGUAUGAUUUUUUUUUCACCGAUAUUUUUUGUUGUACAGGUUGAAACAACAAGGAAUUUCAGAAAAAGUUUUUUUUGACCUGGAAACUCGAUAAAAUGGACAAAUUAUAACGGUUUUUGAGCUCAGAAGUAUGAAAAAAUAUAGGGGAAUUUUUGAUUUUAUUUUCAUUCCCUUGGGCGUAAUUUUGUCAGGUUGAAGUGUAUAAUUUUUUUCUCAAACUUCGUUUUUUUCAAUUAUUUUGUAAAUUAUUUUUUUCUUUUCAGUCUGUAGUCAAGGUUUCCCCUUAAAAGAUCAAAAAUCAUAAAAAUCCUAUUUCAAAAAAACAUUAGAAAAAAACAAUUUUUCAAACCUCAAUCGAUUUUCUUUUCAGGAUAUUACAUUAAUAAUCUUAUUGGUGGCGGCAGUCGUCUCACUCGGACUGUCGUUCUACAGACCCGAACACAAUGCAGGUUUACUGUAGCUCAAAAUGAGCUGUGCUCAAUUUAAGUUUCUCAGGAAACGACUCGUCGGAACAGGAGGCGGGUUGGAUUGAAGGCGUCGCGAUUCUGGUCGCAGUCAUCGUCGUCGUGAUGGUGACGGCCCUCAACGACUGGACCAAGGAGAAGCAGUUCAGAGGUGCCUUGGGAGGGGGAAAAGGGAGAAUCUCUUCGCCGGAGUAAAGGAGCGUGUUUCAAAAAGCGAAAUUUUGUUCUUUGAUGCGUCUGUUGCUCUGAAGUGGUUUUGAAAUGAUUUUUUGCUUUCAGAGCAACUUUUCUUUCCUAAUAACUCCUUCAAAUCUAAUAUGGGCGCUCAAAAAGUGUAAACUAUGAUAAACUUCUUUGGAGAGUUUUCAAAUUUUUGUCUUUCUUGUGUGUUCUAGUCACCAAGAAUCGUCAUGAUAUGAAGUUACAAUUUAUUUGAAAAAAAAUUUAGAAGUCUAAAAAAUUGAAGAAAAUAUCUAAGAAAAGUAACUCGUUUUGGCCGAAAGUCUAAAAUUGUUGGAAUAGAAAAAUCAGAAAUAAGAAUUAAAGGAAAUUUUAAAAGUUAUUCAGAAAAACUUGAUGACGAAAACUCAGAAAAAAAACAUUUUCUGCUUUUUUUUUGUGCUCCAGCCUCCAAGAAUCGUCAUUAACAGGAUCUGGAAACAUUAUCAAAAAAAAAAAAAACAGCAUAGAUGUUUGAGCAAACAUAUAGAAAAUUCCCAACCACUCUCAAACGUAUUGUUAAUGACCAAAAAAAAUCGUUAAACUCUGAAAAAGUGAAACUGAAACGUAUCUUCUACAGGACUGCAAUCGAAAAUCGAAACGGAGCACAAAUUCUCCGUUAUCCGAGGCGGCGAGGCGAUCGAUAUCAUUGUGAAUGAAUUGGUCGUCGGAGACGUCGCCCGUGUGAAAUACGGUAAUUUUUGGGGGUACAGUAACCAAUGAUACUGUAGCGAAACUGGAAAUUUUGAGUAGUCUUUUUCUCUGUAAAUUUUUAUUUUUUGUUACGAUCAUUUUUUUUUGGUGGAUUUUAUGUAGCCGAUGAAUAUGGUCAUGAUUUAGAGGGUAAAUAACGAAUACGGUUAAAAAAAUAUUAACUUUUAUGGAAGUUUAUUUCAUACUUUUUGGUCGCCAUAUGUGGCAUUUUCUGGACGAUUUUGGGUAACUGGAAAAUUUUGGUGUGAUUUUAGAUUUUUUCCAUGAUUUUCUUUCGUCUGGUGCGAAUUUUUCUAGAGUAUUUUGAGUAUCUUAGCGAACGGAUACGGUAGAUAAUUCUGAAAAACAUUAGAAAAAUUAUUUUUUUAUGCUUCUCAUCUGCGAAGACAGUAAUUUUCGAAAUUACAGUUAGAGAGUAAUACUGUAUCGGGGCUAGAAGUUUGUGCCUUUACUGUAAGUUCUAUCCUGAAUUUUGGGGGUUUUCAGAGAGUCUGUUCAAAAUACAGUAGACUAGGGAUACUGUAAAAAAGUUGACAUUUUUCGUUGAUACUAGGCUUUCGUUUCGAAUAGCUUCGAAAUUGAUGAAUAAAAUGAUUUUAGAAGGGUAGCGAAUUUUUUUCAAAAUAUGUUUUCAAGGUGACCUCCUGCCGGCUGACGGUAUUUUAAUACAGUCAAACGACUUGAAAAUCGAUGAAUCCUCGUUGACCGGAGAGUCGGAUCUGAUCCGGAAAGCCGUCGAUCAUGACCCCGUACUCCUUUCCGGAACGCAUGCUAUGGAAGGAUCUGGAAGGUUGGUUUUUUUGGCCUUUUUGAGGAUUAUAGUUGUUUUUUCUUUUGAAAAUCUGAUUCAAGUUGUAAUUUUUUAACCUGGAAUCGACUCAGAAAGUCGUAGUCCUGAAAAAAGACUCAUUUUUUUACGAUCUUUUAAAUUGAAGUAUUUUUUUAAAAAGCGAUUCAAAAAUAUAUGUUAUUUUACCGUUUCAAAAUGAGGUAAAAAAAUGGAAAGUCGUCCAUAAGAGUUCCCAUUUUAACUUCAAUUUUUUUCGAGUCGGUAAAGCAUUUUUUUCUCAAAAAAGCAACCCAAAAAAAUGAAAGAAAAAAAUUCUUAUAUUUAUUUUUGAAAAGCUUUAAUAGUUCAAAACCCUUGAAUGUUUUUGAAUUUCCCCAACGAGUUUAUCCAAAAAAUCGAUUUUUUCCAGAUUUAUCGUGACGGCGGUCGGCCUGAACAGCCAGACGGGUAUCAUCAUGAGUUUGUUGGGCGCCGCGAAAGAAAAGAAGGACGAAAAAGCCGAAAACGGGACCCUCAAUUGUAAAUUCGAAACAUGUUCCGAUAUACAAACGAAAUUCAUUUUCCAGCCUCACAAUUGACAUCUGUCGGCAACGGAUUGCCCAACGGAGACUCGAAAAAAGUCGAGAACGCCAUGCCCGUCGAUGAAGAUGGUACUUUCGACGAAGAAAUGCUCUAGUAUUUUGAUAUUUUCAGCCGGAAAAGUCACGAAAUCCGUUCUGCAAGCCAAAUUGUCCAACUUGGCCCUGCAAAUCGGUUACAUCGGAUCGAUCGUCGCCGGAUUGACCGUCUUGAUUUUGAUAAUCCGUCAUUGUAUCACCCAUUAUGCGAUCAAUGGAGAGAGCUUCCAGGUCGAGGAUUUUCAAAAAAUAAAAAAACACUAUUGCUCGAUCUUUUAAAAAAAAACCUUAAAAGACCGCUCCUAGUUUUUAUUUCAAUGAAUAAGGCCGAAAGAAAAUCAUAGUCUUGAUAAGCUGAAGAUUUUCCCACCUUCUUAAAAACGUUUAGAGGGGCUACGGUAGUUCUUUUUACAGUCUUCAAAAGACCUCGUAAAAUUUACCCCCAAUGACUACAACAAGGAUCAAAUAAAUAAAAUACUAGAACUUAUGUUUUGAUAAAAUUUAAAAAUUCGAAACCCACUUUUUCUUUAUUCCAACAUUUUUCCAGGCCAGCGACGUCGCCUACUUUGUCAAUUUCAUCAUCAUCGGUGUGACCGUUUUGGUCAUUGCUGUGCCCGAAGGACUCCCGUUGGCCAUCACCUUGGCUUUGACUUAUUCCGUCAAAAAGGUAAUUAGAAACUCUAGGGAAAAAAAUCUGUAAUAUCAAGAGAGAAUAGCUGAUUAAUCAAUAAAUCACUUUUAUUUCCAUUCAAAAGAAGUAUUCUGUUAUUGAAGGAAAGAGGUACAUUCUUGUUUUUUAGCGAAGAAGGAAGACAUGAAAAAAGAUAAUUGAUGAACUUUUUGUCACAAUUUCGAUGAACUUGAACAUUUUGAAGAUGAUGAAAGACAACAACUUGGUCCGACACUUGGACGCCUGCGAAACCAUGGGAAAUGCGACGUCGAUCUGCUCGGACAAAACCGGAACCUUGACCACCAACCGGAUGACCUGCGUCCAGCAAUACAUCAACAGUCCGUCCCUCAAAAGUUUUCGAAAUUUAAAGACGUUCUCCAGAGCAAUUCUACAAGGGCGAAGUGCCGAAAUUCGAGUCGAUCGAUAAAAGAACCGCCGAUUUGCUCAUCACCGGAAUCUCCAUCAACAGCGGAUACAAUUCGGCGGUUCUGCCACCAAAAAAUCCUGGAGAGCAGCGGCAACAGGUAGAGUAAUGAAGGAAGAGUAAAGAAAAUGUGACUUUUAUUUAAAAAUCAGUGGGAUUGGUCUACAAAAACUGAGCUUGAAUUGUGUUUUUCAGAGGAUAUUUGAAAGUAAAGAGUAUUUUCAAUCGAAAAAAAAAAACAAAAAUCCAAUUUCGAAGUUUUGAAACUCAGAUGUUUUGAUCUUUCGAAAGAGAUACGUUACGACUCAAUUUGUGUUGAGUAUACUCCAAAAAGGCUUCAAAAUAAGAAUUUUUGUGCACCAGUUGUAAUAAUUUUUCUGACGAAAAUUGAACUUCUCUAGGUCGGAAACAAGACCGAAUGUGGACUUCUCGGCUUCGUACUCGACACUGGCAAGAAUUAUGAAGAUAUCCGGCGGCAAUAUCCCGAAGAGAAGCUUUACAAGGUGACAAAAAAUACUUUGGGAAAGUAUUAGAUCAAAAAAAAUGAUGAGUAAUGAAUAAAAGUAGUCGUUGAUCUUCAGGUUUUUUACUUGAUUUUUGCUUGGUAAAAAACCCUGAAAUUCUGCAGGUCUACACGUUCAACUCGUCGCGAAAAUCCAUGAUGACCGUGAUCGAACUGCCCGGCGGCGGAUUCCGGAUCUACGCCAAGGGAGCCUCGGAAAUCAUCCUGGGACGGUGCUCCUACAUCCUGACCCGAAACGGAGCUCUCGAGUCGUUUGGCGCCAACGAGUUCACGGAUCUGACUCAAACCGUCAUCGAGCCAAUGGCCUCGGACGGCCUCAGAACCAUCGGAUUGGCCUACAAAGACAUGGUGCCGGCUGGACAAAAGAAGGAGGAUAACGAGGUUAGAAAUUGGGUCUGAGAGUAGAAAAAGCUCCAGAGGAUGGUUAUAAGUAGAUUAAUGUAGAGCAGGUAGGGAGAUUUAGACGUAAAGAUUGUGACAAUAGCCCCUCGAAAAAAAAAGGAAGCUUCAGAGAAUAGUUAUCAGUAGGUCAAGGUAGAACAGGUUGAGAAAUUUGACAGAAACAAAGGGAAAAUUGAGCCUUUGAGCUCUGAAAUUAUAGUAUCGCAGUUGCGAACAUGCGUGCUGGAGAAAAACUGAAUAUUUCAUUUUUCUUUCACUUUUUUUUUUACUUCAAUUCGUUUUCACUUUUUCAACAGAAUGGGGCUUUGCAAAAAACGCUUCAAGUUACGAAAUCAACAGAGUUAUCAAUGGAGCAACUAUAACUUGUAAAAAAGAGCUUUUCUCCAAGUUUGCAUCCUUGGAAAUUUGAACUUGGAAAAUAAAUUUGACAACAUUUUCAGAUCGAGUACACUGGAGAAAUCGACUGGGAGGACGAGGAGACCAUCCGAAACGGCAUGACUUUGAUCGCGAUCAUGGGAAUCCAGGAUCCCGUCCGACCCGAAGUCCCAGCUGCCAUUGAAAAAUGCCAAAGGGCCGGAAUCACCGUGAGAAUGGUCACUGGAGACAACAUCAACACGGCUCGCUCCAUCGCCACUUCCUGCGGAAUCCUCAAGCCUGGAGCUGAUUUCUUGGCUCUCGAGGGCAAGGAUUUCAAUGCCAGGUAAGGGAAUUGUCAGUGGCGCGUGCUUGGCUUUGAAAAGAGAGCCUCGGCUUUUUUUUAACAGCUUUUGGGGCCAAAAUGGCAAGAUUAUCCAUGGCGCACGACUGCUUUGAAAAAAGAGCCGUUUUCAAACAUUUCGAUUGGGGAGAUUAACGAAAAGCUCAGAGUAAUGAAUAUUUUGAAAAAUUAUAUAGUUAGGUGAACUGAAAAGAACUUUUAGAGAAAAUGAAGCGAAUUUGACUUUCAAAAAAAAAAGUACUGCAGAGGUUUUUAUGACCUUUUUCUCUAGAAUCCGCGACGCCGACGGUAAAGUCAACCAGGCCAAGCUGGACCAGAUCUGGCCCAAGCUUCGAGUUUUGGCCCGAGCUCAACCUUCUGACAAAUACGUCCUCGUCAAGGGUAUCAUCGACAGCAAGAACACCAAGAAUCGGUGAGGAAAAGGGCAAAAAACAUUUUGUUGAAUUUUUAAGAUCUUUCGUGAAAAAAAAAAUUAUUUGUUUAAAAAUACUCCCAGCUCAGAAAUUUCGACAUUAUCAAAAGGCGAAUUCGCUCGAAAAGUUUUUUGUUUUCAUCAUUUUCACCCAUUUUCAGCGAAGUAGUCGCUGUAACUGGUGACGGAACCAACGAUGCUCCGGCCCUCAAAAAAGCUGAUGUCGGAUUUGCAAUGGUUUUGCUAUUUUUAUGAUCGGAGGAUGCUUCAUUCUGAAAACUUCCAGGGUAUUGCGGGUACGGACGUUGCCAAGGAAGCCUCCGACAUUAUUCUCACUGAUGACAACUUCACUUCGAUCGUUAAGGUAUGAUAUAUGCUGAUCAGGGCUGGCUUGAGGGACGUGGCACUGUCUGCGCUCUCCACCAACCUAACAAAAUAUAGUUUUCUAAAAAUUGUGUCAGGACCCUUUUUGGAUGGUUUCAGGCAGCCGUGGGCUAUGAGACAAUGAAAAAAUGGAACAUGAUCCUUUCGACUUUCAGGCAGUAAUGUGGGGCCGAAACGUCUACGAUUCAAUCGCCAAGUUCCUGCAGUUCCAACUGACGGUCAACGUCGUCGCAGUGACGAUUGCGUUCAUCGGAGCCUGCGCCAUCAGUGACUCGCCUCUCAAGGUUGAAAAGAGUCUGAAAAUAUGGCUCAAAGCUUUUUUGGGUUUUUCUUGAGGCUUUUUUUGUAGUUUUCUUUGUCAAAAUUGACACUGGAAUCUCUUUUUCAUUAAUUAUAUAUGAAAAAAAGCCUUUUGAUCGAAAAAAAGAAUGAAAGACGCACCUGAACAUUCCUCAGUAAGUCAGGUACCAUAUGAAAAGAUUAGGCGGAUUUUUAAGCAGAAUAAUUGGAAAAAUUUUUUCUUUUAGACAUUCACUUGUAUUGUCAAAGUUCAAAAGCUCUUCCAAGUUAUAUUCUUUUUCAUCUUCCGCACUUCCAGGCCGUCCAAAUGCUCUGGGUGAACUUGAUCAUGGACACGCUCGCCUCACUCGCUCUGGCCACUGAAAUGCCGACUGAAGAACUUCUCGAAAGGUUUUUUCAGCUUUUAGGAAAUCUCAUCUUUAUUUUAUUUCCAGAAAACCAUAUGGUCGCACGAAAUCCCUGAUCUCAAGAACAAUGGUCAAAAAUAUCGUCGGCCAUGCGAUUUACCAGCUUUUCAUCCUGUUCGGCAUCAUGUUCUGGGGUGAACUUUUAAAAUAAUCAUACUUUUCUGCGAAUUUUUUUCAAUGCCUGAAGAAUCAUAGUCGCGCGGAUGAAGGCUAAUAGCGUUUCCUGAUGGCUUCUGAUGCCUAGGAGCGCAAGUCGUUUUGAGUCGGAUGCAUCUUAAACUGAGAUUCCAAAUAGACGCAUAAGCUUCAAUUGAAAAAUGUUGUUAGAAUGAAGAUUUUCGAAAACGAAUUCAAAAAAAAAUGCUAAAAAUUGACAUUUUAUGGUCGCAUUUGGAAUGGCUCAAAGCUUUUGAAAAGAAGCUUGAUCUAGAGCAUGAGUCGCUUUGAGUCGGCUGCACCUUGAACCGAUUUUUUUCAACACUAUCAAAUUUCCAAUCGAGGGAACUAGAACUUUAAAGCAAAAGGCUUUUUUUUUAGAAAAAAAAUUAUCCAAAAAAACUUGUGUAGAAUUGAAUUGUUAUUAGGCGACAAGAUCAUCCCGAACACGCCGAGCGGAAGAAACGCGCCACUUGGCUCCCCGCCAAGCAAGCACUUCACCAUCAUCUUCAACGCGUUCGUCCUCAUGACUCUGGUCAAUGAGAUCAACGCCAGGAAGAUCCACGGCGAGAGGAACAUUUUCAAGGUGAGUUUUUCGGAAACUAAGUGUUGAGUUUGAUUUUUGAACUGAAAAUUCAUAGAUUUUGUAAAGUUCAUAGAAAAUUCAUCAUCUGUUGAUUAGUCAGACUGGACAGGCUUUUUUGAAUUUCUUUUUACUUCCAGGAAAAUUUAAAUUUUUUACAGGGAAUCUUCACGAACCCAAUCUUCUGCGUCAUUUGGGUCACUACUUUAAUUUCACAGGUAAUCUUGCCUCAUAAUGUGUAAGAUUAAACUAAAAACACAUCUCAGUAAACAUUGAAAUUUGACAAAGACAGAUAUUUUCAAAGUUGUUACAUUUUUUCACUCUACUAAUUCAAAAAAGCGAAAAAAAAGGUCAACACUGGAUUAAAGUUCGAGGAUAAUUUGAUUCGUUUGAUUGAAAGGAAUGAAAGCAAAAGUUAAUGGAUAUUUAGUUUCUAUAUUUGAUUAACUGGUUGAACUCUAGGAGCUAACAGUACUUUUUCUUCUCUACGAAUUCAGCAAGUUUUGAGAUUUUUCAAAUAAACAUUCAUUUCCAGGUCCUUAUUGUUCAAUUUGGUGGCCAUUGGUUCAGCACGUCGCCAUUGGAUCUGACCCAAUGGUUGAUUUGUAUUGGCUGUGGCCUUGGAGAGCUCAUUUGGGGACAGGUAACAGAUUUUUCCUUUUAAAGCUUAUUUUCAGGUGUAAUAUUAUCUAUAAUAUUUCUCUACUCAGAUUUUUCAUCUUCCUCUUUUUCAGGAAUUCCCUAUUAUUUUUUUUUCGUACCCUGACUCAGCAUUAAACAAAUAUAGCAUGUUCCUGUUUGAAUUGCAUUUUUAUCUUCAUUUGUAGAAAAAAAAUUUUGAGUAGUAGGUUUUUUUCGUUUGAUGGAUUUGGUUGGAGGAUAUAAGAGAGAAGACAGAGAAAGUUUAAAGUGAUUAGACGCUAGAGAGAGAAAGAUUACUCUGUUUCCUCUGAUCUCUCUCAAGUCUCGUGUCUAACCGCCAGAUCCAUCACGGUAAUGAGUAGAAGCUCGAGCACAUCUGUUCCCCCACUAACACAAAAUUAGUCCUUUCACCGAUAUCUUGACGCAAGUGCGCUCCAGCGAACAUUUUUUGAUUUUUUUUUUUGCAUAAUUAGACAUUGAAGAGCCAGAAAAGCGAGAGAAUAGUAAUUGCAUGAUGAGACACCAGAAAAAAAGAGACAUUCUGGCUUUUCUGUCGUCUCUUUCAGCUAUCGCUACUCUCGCUUCUUAGCCUUCUGUUCAGAAUUUGUAAAAGCAAAUGUUUUUCAAAACUAGAGAUCCUUGUUUUUCAGAGCGCACUUGCAGAGCUCGAAAACCUAGUUUUUGAAUGAAGCAAACACCUUAGAAUCACAGGAGCACCUAGUUUUGCAGGUGAUCACCUCGAUCCCAUCCACCAUCCUGCCAAAGUCGUUCCGAUUCGGCAAGGGCGACGUCCAGCCGACCUCGAUCAUGUUGAGCGGCGAGUACGACGUCCCGAGUACGGCCUCGGUCGUGCCCGCCAAGCUCGACGGCAGCGUCAGCGGCGAGAAACGGCCCGGCCAAGUCCUCUGGCUCCUCGGAUUGACCCGACUUCAGACCCAGGUAUUCUUAGAUGAAGAUGUAGAGAUUUGAGUUGCGGCGGUUUGGAUCUGUUUCGUAGAGCCAGUCGCAGAAGACAAUGAGAGAUCACUGGAAAUUUGGAGACCUACAGACGAUUUCGAGAGAUGUUAGAGAGUGUUCAAAGUUAGUAGGAGCAGAUACAUCAUAGAUUAGAUAACAUAGAGAAUUAUAAGAAGACGUUCAUUUGAAGAUAUUCAGACAGAAAGCAUUUCUCUAAAAAUCAGUGACUAUGGGAAGCGUGUAAAAAAAAAGAAAAACGCGUCAUGAUGUCUCUAACUUUCCAGUGUUCUCUCUACAAUCUCUGCGAUUCUGGACCCGAUUUCUAGAAUUAUGAUUUAUCGAUAGACUGAAUGAUUCCUUGAAUGGUUUCCCCUUAGUUGGAUUUCAAGGAAAAAAUUAUUGUGAGUAGUUUUCUCAUAUUUUUUAGUCACAAAAAUUUUUCUAUGAACUUUUUUGAUUUUUUGUGAUCCUAAAAAAACUAUAACUAAAAAAAAGAUGAUAAUUUUUUUUACUCCCUCCUUUUUGUCAAUGUGUGAGUGUGCGUGUUUAUGUGUUCUACUUCGUCAAUCGGAAGACAAAAAAUAGAAGAAAAAAAAUUCCAACAGCACACAACAUAUGAAACGCACCACGCUCACAGCUUUAUUCAUUAAUCAAAUCCUACAAUUUUAAUGAUGAUAGUGAUAAUUUUCUACAUCUGGAAAUGUUCAUUGAUUCAUAUAGAGCAGCUUUCGCACAAUUUGGUCAAUAUCUAGGUUUAGUUCACUCAUGGGCAGCUUUGACUACUCCGCUAGUUACAGUAAACCUUUUCGCUUCGAAACAGAUUUUUAACUUUUUUUGAAAACCGCCAAAAAUGAAUUUUAUGUGUCUCGAAGCGAAAAUGUACUGUAGCCGAGAGGCGUGGCUAAACGAAGACCUGAAUGAACUACUCAUUAAGCUUUUCGCAAUUUUUUAUUUUCUUCGAUAUUGUUUUGGAGUUGGCGCGUUUUGUGUGUUGUGUGUGAGUCAAGUGGCAGACGGAUUAGAUCACAAUUUUUUCUGUUUCAAUACCAGCCGCGACGCGACACGCGUCGCGGCUCGGAAUGGAUCGGAAACAAAGAAACACGUCCUCAAGGGGAUACAGUUCAAUUGAGCACUGAAAGUUCAUAAAUUUUGGAUGCGAACUUUUUUGAAAUUCCAAGGGAAACCAAGUUUGAAGCCCUGGAUCAAGGUGCGGUUUUCAGAUUUAGAUUUUAGAUUUGUGCUCCUUUGAGAGUUUAUCUCAACCUAGUUGCUAGUUUAAAAAUUUUUUCCGGAGGCUGAGAAUUCCAUGGAAAGGUACAGAAAAUUGAACUUCUUGACCUUCUUUAGAAAAUAACUAGAUUUUUUCGAUACUAAUAUAAAAAUUAGUUUUCUGAUUGAACUGUAUGAGUACACUCACACGCUGAUAAAAAAUUAAUGAGACAUCAGAGAGAAAUUUUGAAAUCGUUAAGUGAGCACUAAAGUGACUCUUGAAGGUUUCUCGAGAUGUCACUCAAGACUUCAACGGUUUUUAGCUCUUCAUUAAAAAGCCAUUUAGUGAUCACUUAAAAGUGUUAACGCCACCGGAAGGAGAAUUUUAAGACCUCUCUAGUGCUCACUUAAGACUAGAAAAGUCCCUCUGAUGUCUCUAGAAGUCAAAUUUAAAGCACGCCGCCUUAUUUGGAAGUUUGUGGUAGUGAACGGCCGCUGAGUUGCUGUUGCAGAUCCGGGUUGUCAAGGCGUUCCAGUCGGUCAACGACGAUUCGCAUCCGAACUCGCUGACGACGUCGACCGCCGACCGCCUCCGGGCCUCCUACCGUCGCCUCAAAAUCGCCCGCGAACUCGAACAACAGAAAAGUUCGUCGGGGCUCUCAUCUGCAUCGCAUGACGUCACCAAGCGUCGGCCUGUCGCUGGGGCAAACGCGCGCCACGGCGACAGACCGUCGCCACCAAAAUGAUGAAUUUACUUUCUCGUCACUUGUUGCAGGAUCUUCGCGCGUCCUUUUCAUUAGGCAUUUGAAUUUUGAUCAACGGCCCGUGUUUGUAUAGUUUAUGCGUAUUUAUAUCCCUAAAAAACGACCAAACUUGGUUGGUUUACUGUAUUGAAGAGGGGGAAGUGGGAUGAUCUGGAGGGUCUUAAAAGUUCUCUAGGAUUUUGUAGUCUUUAAAUGCCUGAAAAGAAUCUACUAUACUGAGUACUGUAGCUACGAUACACUGUAAUAUCCCUUAAUAGUUUACUGUAGAGGUUAUUUCUUUGAUUAUAACGAAAAAUCUUCUCCUCAAGCUCAUUCUACUUUUUUGGAAAAGAUACUGUACCAAUGAGAUUUUCCAGCUGCCUGAAGAUCAUUCCGCACCUCCCGACCCCAAAAACUUCCCAUAAAACUGAUUUUUCUAGGUUUUAUUAUUCAAGUUCUCUAUUCGAAAUCUCGCUUCUUCGUUUCCUGCACAGCCACGAGCACCAUCAUAUAUAUUUCAAAAAAAUAUAAUUAUAUAUAUUCCAAACGUCCGGUGCUGUAAAUACCUUGUAAAUACAGUUCAGAGGGACCAAAAAAACAGAAAAAAUCUACUUCUCUAUUUCUAUACAUACUUGAUUUUCCAUUUUGUUCUGUCAUAUCCUAUUGGGCAACUGAAUAUUUAUAUUAUUUCCUCUCAAACCAACGAGAACAAAACAUGAAGCAGAAGGUAAUUUGGUGCUUUUCUAUCGAUAAUUUCCCGUUCUUUCCUUCUUUUUAACUACUAGUCAUUUCCACAAUUAACACCUCUGUCCCGCAUUCAAAUUGGAAGCAGAAAAACCCUUAGAAAUAUAGCGCUUAUUCGGUAAAACAAAGGUGAAGAGAAGCUGUAGUUCAUUAACUUUCGGCGUGUUCAUUGAUUAAAUAAAAAAAACAUCACUUGGGAAGAACUUUGCGAGAAAAUAAAAAUGAUAUAGAAAAUUUUGCGCGUAAGAUUGGUGCAUUUUAUGGCAAUGGUGUUUACACAAAACAUCACAUCUUACGCGCAAAACACCUUUUUUCAACAAUUUUCUCGAUGAACACGGCUAUUUGUUUUCUUAUUUUCCCCAACUGCUAAUAAAUGAUAAAAUAUCCUUUAAAUCAACCGGAAGCAUGCGGUAAACUUGUUCCAGGGACUGGUGGCCUACGAGCCGGUGGACAGGUACAUAGUGAGGAAUCAGCGAAGGAUCCAGCCGGAAUGAAGUUCGUCUGA